GCCCUGCUUGACGGACGGACGUCGCCACAGCCUCCUAGACUCCCGACCCCUGCGCCCCUGCGACCCCCGGGACCCGCGCUACAGGCAGCAUGCAGUGCAUAGUGAGCGUGCUGGUGAUGGCGGCGCUGUGCGCGGUGCUGGGGCUGUCCAAGCCGUGCUGCUGCGAGCCGAUGCCCAACGGGCCGGAGAACAUGGCUCGGCCGGCGCGGCCCAAGACCUUCGCCACCCCUGAGGAGCUGCGCACCUACCUGGAGGCCGUCAGCAACUACUACGCCAUCGCCGGCCGUCCCAGGUUCGGAAAGCGACUGUCGCUGCCGGCGUACCGGCCCGGCGUGCUGAAGCACCUGGGCGCGGGCGCAGUGCUGCCCCUGGCGGCGGCGCCUGACACCAGCCUGCGACUGCAGGCCGCCCCGCGGAGCCCCGACCUGUACGACCUGCUGGCCCAGUACGACGACUAGUGCUGCCCCUGUCCGCUCGCCUAGGGAACACAUCUCAGUUCAAACCAGCCACACACUUCGCACAGCACCAAACUCAUUGCCUUGCCUGGGUUACAUCUGCGACAGCACGCCAACCGCAUAUACGUAAAAUGUUUGAAUUUUACCAGCUAUAAUUUACGUUUUAUUUUUAAUGUUCAGGGAAAAAAGUUUUACUUGUAGAAAUAAUUAACUAUUAAUAAUUUCCUCGUACUUAAAUACAUAUUCGAAUUAGUUUCACUCUAUGUUUGAAACGUACAUUUUGAAACAAGUCGGUAAUGCUAUGCCGUUGACAAAGAGUACAAGCUAGAAAUUCGACAACUUUCUGUGCACCGUGCAGGUGCUAUCUGUUUGUCUUGUGUCCCUUCAACUUCAGUGCGUGCUGUUGCGAGUGUGGCCCGGCCACUCACACGCCGCCAAUGGCUGCACUGGCAGCCGUCACAACAGCGUCGAGUAGCCAAUUAGACACAAGGUUUUUUCAGCAUUCCCACGCAGCCAAUAAACGACUGGGAUCUCCCACACCAAGGUCUUCCGCCAAGCCGUUUCGCUUCUGCGAGGUCGUCAAUUCUGUGAUCAGGACUAGCAGGUCUCGGCCGCGCCGAAGUCAUAUAACACGUGACAUUCCGGUUCACAAUGCCAGUCACACACAAAGAUUAGGUAAGGAUGCAGAUGGAGCGUUAGCCAUUAGAUGUGAAAGCCGUUUUAUCCCCAAUUUUUAAAUCCUGAUUUUCACAUACCGAUAUGGCGGACGUUUAUUUAUAUUUGUAUCAGCUGUUUUAGCUUGCUUUUAUUAACAACUCGUUAAACUUUUCGGAAGAAAAUUAGAUCAAUAUAUUACCGGUUAAUAUGUUUAUAUGUAUUAAAAGUCCAAAAUGAAUCUUCAUAAUACUAAUGUAAUGAUACAUUUUUCUCCAAUUUAUACUUCAAUACUGGUACAGCUGAAACAUUUGUAAACAAACGGCUGCCAUAUUGGUAUGUGCAGUACACUGGAAUUCCCCCUUCUUUUUGGAUUCACCCUCCAUGUCUAGAAUCAGACCUUAUGCUCCAUCAGUAGCUAUAUUUACCUAAUCUCUGGUUACACACUGUAAUGAUAGAAGUUUCCUUCCGCAAUACGGUCGACUGAAGAUGGCGACUUUAAGUUUCAAUCGAAAUGUCGGUGCAUUCUACGACUUUGAAGUGGAUUGAAUUCACGACUAGAGAACAUUCAAUGUAUUUUAUUUUAUUUUUUACAGGUACUUUGAAUCAAAUAUUAAACUACCGACUCUUCAAAACACUUGUUUAAGUUACAAAACUAAUUUAUAUUAAAAAAAACAUUUCUCCAAAAACUUGUGAGAUGUUGCUUUUUCAUUGAACCCCGCACAUCGCUGAUGAAGCUCAUUGUCACCAGUAUCAUUAUCCAUAGUUCCUAAGGUCUUCCUGCUCCUCUAGUCAGACGGCUGUACUGUGUGAACAAGGCUACCGUCUACCUUCAAGCAUUUCAUAAAACAAUGUCAAUAUGUCUGAUGAUGUAUGUCAUUGAAAACAUGAAUAAAACUUAUUUUGUGAAAAAUG